AGUUUCAAUCCUCCGCAUUAUGAAUAUCAUGGGUUGAUAUCUACCUAGGGUACAUAAUUAGGUCCCUUUUUGAUCGGAGCUAGGCUAUUAGCAUAGACUUCCAUCGAAGAUGACCAUUAUCUGUAUGUUCUCUCGUCGCUCGACACACUAAUUAUUGGCGCGUGCGAGACGACUGGAGUAGCAAAGGCAGAGCUAAUACUUCGCCCGAAUUGGCCUGUGAUAUGUCAGUAUGUAAAGGAAUACGAAGUACUAAACUUUACCUUAGGUAAGGUAGGUAAACACGAUCUAUCUACUUGUUCAACUUGUUCAACUUGUCCAACGUCAGCUUCAACUCCAGUUUAACCCCACAUCAGCUUACAAUGGCGUCUGAACUCAAGAUAACACAUUCAGGAAUCACCUGGUUUAAAGCUAGGGACCCGUUAAUUACAUAUUACCUUAGGUAACCUUUACGUCGAGGCCUUAAAAUGUCCCCAGGAUGUCGCCUUUUAGAGAGAGAUUUCAACAAUUGCUCUCCAGAUCGAGAGGUGAAAAGAUAUGACGGGCUCCGACUUAACGCACCAGCUACGUUCUGCUGUCUCCUCUCAGGCGUACAAUGGAUUAAUCGACUCCGUACUGCCGACUUUAAUCAACUGUGUUUCGGACAUUGCUAAAUCGCUCAGGGCGUCGCACCAUGUCUCGCGGGCGGGCAGUGCAAACGCCUUUGGGGACGAUCAACUGAAUGUGGACGUAUUGGCUGAGAACAGCAUCCGGAGCGCCAUUUCUCGCUGUCCUUUUAUCGCGGUUGCUAGCAGUGAGGAGGACCCGGUUGAACGAAAUGUCCAAACCCAGGAAUCUUCUGCCGGUAAUAUUCCCGAGGAGCAAUAUACAGUAGGAUUCGAUCCUUUAGACGGGAGUUCUAUAAUAGCACCAAAUUGGACCGUCGGCACGAUUAUUGGUGUUUGGCAAGGGAAGACGGCACUAGGUCAGUUACCAGCAAGCAAACUGGUAGCCGCCGUGCUUGGUGUCUACGGACCGCGUACCGCAGCCAUUGUUGCGCUACGCGUUCCGGGCUCUGAGCCAGUAUGUCUCGAACUUGGAAUUGGCGAAGACGGGUUUCGCGACGCUGAGAUCAUUCAGUCCGCCGUGCGAUUAUCAGAGUCGUCGUCUAAAGCCCGUUACUUCGCCCCCGCAAAUCUCCGCGCGGCGGCGGAUGACGAGAAGUACAUGAGUAUAAUUACACACUAUGUCCAGAGUAAAUAUACCCUACGAUAUAGCGGCGGGCUCGUCCCGGACAUCUUUCACGCAUUAGUCAAGGGUCAUGGGAUAUAUAUAUCACCCGUAACUUCCUCUAGCAAGGCCAAAUUGCGGCGUCUAUACGAAUUAUUCCCUCUCGCACUAGUAGUCGAGUGUGCCGGCGGGACUGCAAUCGACCCAGCGGAUGGAACAAAUAUAUUAGAAAGGCCCCUGGAGGACUUGAAUGACACUGCGGGUCUUAUCUGCGGAACAACCAAAGAGGUCGAAUUUGUGAAAAAGGUCCUCUUUAACCAGAGCAGUUAAAUCACCGCUGAAGGAUCGAGAAAAGCAAACGAGGGUGGUCGG